UCUCUGCCAGUCACUUCACAAGGCUUCUCACACUCCCUUUGCAGCAGUUCUAAUUAAGAAAGAAAAAAGUCAGUAUUUUCUCCUUCCAAGUGCACAGUCCUGAUUUUUGCAUGGGGAUGCAAGGAUGUGACCCGAAGAUUAUAUAAUUAGAAGGCAUUUGUUAUGCCUGCAUUUCAAAUCAGUGAUUAGCAUGUGACAGUCCCAUCCUGGGAAACAUCAAGCCACCAUUGCUCUCCUUUCUUGCACAGCGUAAUUCCCAACUCUGGUAGCCACCAGUGCUGACGGCUCUUCAACUUGCCUGAGGGUUCACACCAGCUGACCCAUCGCAGGGCUCACAUGUGGGCAGCUCUAAGCCAUGGGAUGUUCCCAGUGACCAGCCAGAACCCUCCAGUGUGAGGACAAGAGUCCCUGCGAGGACGCACACCUUAUAGCAGCCAUGGACACAAACAAACAAGAAGGAGAGACUGAAAGUGUGCCUGUGAGUACCCCUGCAACACAGAUUUCCCAGUUGCAGGCAUUAGCCUCCGAGUUGAAGGCGGGUUUCACAGAAGCGAUGCAGGAGCUGUCACGAAUCCAGCAUGGCGAGUACGCCUUGGAGGAGAAGGUCAAGAGCUGCCGCUGUGCCAUGGAAGAGAAAGUGGCUGAGAUGAAGAACUCCCUCAACACCUUCAAGGAGGAACUCAGUGAUGCAAAAUCAAUGAUCGAAGAAAUCAGUGCCAAGCAGGAGGAAAUGCAACAGAAAAUUGAGCAGCUGCAGCAGGAGAAGCGGCGCGAAUCACGGAAAGUGAAAGCUAAAAGAGCACAGAAGGACGAUCACAGCUCACAAACAGUGCCUACGCCUCUCCAGGGCAGCCCAUUUCGAUCCAUAAACCUCCCAGAACCUGUACUGAUCAAUGAAGAUUUUACAAGUCUUUUGCACAACGUGACUUAUGAAAAAGUGUCUGACACCAGGAUCAUGCCGAUAGGAGAAGGAAGUGUGAAAGUCCUAGGAGGUCCAGGAGCAGCCAUAGAGACAGAGGACAGCCUCAAGCCUUCGCUGACAGCAGAUGGUCAGACAAAGGUGCAUCUGCAAUCAACAGUAUGGAAGCAGCCCAAAGACACCAAGGACUGGGGAGAUGAAUACAUUUCCAAAGAGCAACCAGAAAGAGGGAAAGACGUGGGCCAAAGCAGAUACAGCUCAGCAGACAACAUUAUAUGUGAACCCUCUUUGGCUGCCAAAAGGCAGAACAUCGCUUUGGAGCUGCUGGAGUCAGAGAGGAAGUAUGUCAUCAACCUUUCCCUUAUCCUGAAGAUCAAGGCAACGUUGCAAGGACCAGAUAUGAAAAGGAGCACCAAAGAGAGAAGUUUCUUCCCCAAUUCUUUGCGGUACCUGGUCCAGCAGCAUGUCGAUUUACUUCACGCUCUCCAGGAGCGAGUGCUGAGCUGGCCACGCCAAGGAAUUCUAGGUGACAUCUUCCUGAAGUUAACAAAUGAUGAGAACAAUUUUCUGGACUACUACGUUGCUUACCUGAGGGACCUGCCAGAAUGCAUCUCCCUAAUCCACGUGGUGAUCUUGAAGGAGGUAGAAGAAGAAAUCAAAUCCGAUCUCUACAUUCUGUUCUUCCAUAUAGUCCAGCGAAUCCCUGAAUACCUAAUUCAUCUACAGAAUGUCCUGAAGUUCACGGAGCAAGAGCAUCCUGAUUAUUACCUGCUGCUGGUGUGUGUGCAGCGUCUCCGGGUCUUCAUCUCACACUACAGCCUCCUCUUCCAAUGCAAUGAAGAUCUGCUUAUACAGAAGAGGAAAAAACUGAAGAACACGACGAUGGAUUUCUCCUCCCUCAGGUCGUCCCUGGUGAAGCUGUACAAAGGUCUCACUUCCCAGUGUACGAGCCAAGAGGUUUCUCCAACACCCAGCACAGCCUCUAUCCGUGACAGCGGGAUUCACUCCGAAGAGGCAAUGCAGUCAUUCCAACCAGCACCUUCCUCUGGCACGACAACCCCGCAUUUGUUGCCUCAGAUGAAGAAACCUCAGCCAACUGUCCUGGAGAACAUCCAGGCUGUAAAGCCCCCCGACUGGGAAAUGGAAAGCAGAAAACACGAGAGGCCAGAGAACAUCCUUGCAUCCUCUCAGCUCACUGAGCAGGAACUUAAGGCUCUGACAGCUCCUUUACAAUCCAUCCCUGAAAUGGAGUAUGAAGCACCCCCUGCCGAUGCGGUGGGAAACCCAGAGAGAGCCAUCAGGACCUCUGUGGAGCUGCUGCAGGAUGCGAGGAACUUUGCGCCAAGCUAUGAAGAGUUUGAUUACCCUGGGGAAGUCUUCACCAUGCCAGGUCCCUAUGAAGAUGAUACUUUCCAAAAUCUUGCUCUCUUUGAGAAUUGCUCCCCAGCCUCCUCAGAAUCCAGCUUAGACAUUUGUUUCCUUAGGCCUGUUAACUUCACAUCAGAACCAGAGAGGACAGAUCAUGCCUUACAGCCACUGCCUAAGAGCAGUACUCCUGUGAGCAGCAGCACUUACAAGCGUGAGAUGUUCCACAGCAAAGGCAAGCAGCUGAGCAGGUCUCUGAAGGAGCUGCCGAGGAGCGCUGAGGGCGUGAGCUCCAGACUCUACAGCACACGGAGCAGCAGUGGGAGCCGGCUGCAGCAGAAGCAGGAGAGGAAUGUCCAGCCUCACUUGAUCUCAGCCUCAUCUCGAAGCUCCCAAAGGAGCUACUUCCCCCCACAGAGAGGAGCGGGUGAAAAACCAAGCUUUUUGGAAGAGCUCCAUGCAGAAGACAACACCAGGUUCUGCCAGAAGGAUGACAAUGAGCAAACAUCCUUCAGCGACCACAACCCACGGCACGAACCCAAAGGGGGUUUCCGGAGCUCCUUCCGCAAGCUCUUCAAAAAGAAAUAAGCAGCCCCAAGAAAGGCAGGCCACAGCCCAAGCGCAACAGUACUUCCCUGGGUCCCUAAGGGUGGAGACAGACAGCAAGGUUCUGAGAUGUCCCCUGAUAUAAUAGGUGGAGGGAUGGGAGAGAAGACUGUCACAAAUGCAUCCUGCUCUUCCUAGCACAGGGGAGGGCCAGGCUAUGGGUUCAAGCAAAGCUCAGCCAGCAGAUCCAGUAAGCAGAGGAAUUCGCUAGCUUUUACUCCUGCCUAAUUUUCUUCAGAGUUUUGGAAAGCUUGGGCCAAAUACCUCCAUGUUCUCCUCCCCGUCUUCCCCCAAAACUGUUUUUUUCUGCCAUAGAUCUUCACUCUUCCAAAUUCAAGCCAGGACUAGUUCAAGCUCACCCACAACAGACAGGUGCCUUGGCAUCCGGGCCAGAAGUCCAAAAUUCUUUUCUUUCCUCCACUUCCUGAAGAAAAAACACUACUGAAGAUGUCUUCCAGAAGGCCAGAUUACACUAUCCAGCUGGUUUGAGAAGGUCUAAUAAGCAUCAGCUGAAGCACCUGGAUUUUAUUCUUCUUAAUCAGCACUGUCUUUUCUUUUGGACUGAAAUCCUCUUCCACCUUUUAAUCAACAUGCUGUUUAUCAAACUGCCUCCUACUGUACAAAUCUCUGCUCUUGCUGUCAGAAUUGCCCAGGUCUCCAUGCAGGGGACACAGGCUGAGCACAGGGCCUGCCACAAGAGACAAAGACUCUUCCACUCUCUACACUCACCAUGGAUUGACGCAGAUACUGACACAGUCGACUAGCAUCGUGGCUCCUGAUCUGCAGUACAUCUUAAGAGCAUUCGGCCAGCUCUUUUUGACCUGACACCACUUUACAAGCCCCAGCACAUGAAGCACCCCGCUUUGGAGCAGAUCUUCUAGAAAAAAAUUGACACACAAGGGCAGGAAAGACAAUGGUGCCCCAUUUUUAAGUCACAGCAUUCCUUCAGGUGCAAGGACACUUCCUCCCACAACAAAGCCACAUGCAUGUCCCACCCACAUCUCAAAGGACAAACCCUCAGCAGUAUUGUUCUCUGGACAAGCCUACAGAUUCUGUUAAAAAUACAAUAAGGAAAGGGAAUCAAAGCCCUCUGGCCUACAGCUCUCCCACAGUAUUAACUGACUGCCCUUUCUUUUUCCUCCUCUGCUGGAGGAAAGAGGUAGCUGGAAAAAGGGUCAUUUCAGCUAAAACAAAAGUAAUUUCUUAUUACAAUCAAAGUUUUCUCAGCAUUUUGAGAAAGUGACUAGGAUAAAACUUCAGGGAUUAAAAUGUUUCAGCCUAUGUCUGCUCGUUAGACUUUACUGCGGCCAAACUGCACUGAGAAAUCCAAUUCUCCUUCUGAAAAGCAAGAAGGUAUCUUCUUGGGCUUUUUCCUUUAUCUUCUGCAUUAAAAAAAAAAAAAAAACCAACAAACCCAAACCUCCCCAAAACAGUUAAAAGUUUUUAAUUACAGAAACAAUUCAAUCUCUUUCCCUCUCCCUCACACUUCAUUAUAUUAUCAGUUCUUUGAUCUCUCCCAGCUGAAGUGGCUCCACACUGACCAGCCACGACAUCACCAAGACCCUCCUAGGACUUUCAGAGGUGCCAACCCAGACAAUGCAUUCACUAGAAAGAGAUAUGAAAGAAGAGCCAGGUACUUGUAACUGAGCCAUCAAAGCCUGUUUGUUUUGCAAAGAAAUAGUUAGAAUUGAUGGCUAUUACUUCUAUAGACAGGUCUACUUGUUUGUCCAUGGAACCAGAGUUUUAUCACAAUGGAUGGGUUUCCUUUCCCACCCUGCCCUGCCAAGAUGUAGGUAAAUAUAUCAGGAAAGGAGAUGAGGAAAGGAAGAAGGAAGACAAAAGGCUGGAAAUACAUGAGCAGAUGUAUGCAUAGUCUUGGUAGCUAGUAAAAUGUGCAACUGCCCAUCUCCACUCAGAGCAUUCAGUCACAAGCUCUGGGGACACACACAGUGUCUGUGCCAGUAAGGGGCUCUCAGAAACACUGCUAAGCACUUUGCUGCCCUAGCCACAAGUGGUUGCUCAGAGGCCACUGAUAAGAACUGCUACACAUACCACCUAGUGUGGCUCUCCCUUUUCUGUACAGACAAAAGCAAAGCAGUGAAUACUUUCUGUGACACCUGACACCCCUCGCCUUGGGGAUGACUACAUAGUGUUAGUCUUUAAAGAGAUGGUGGGUUUGGAGACUGUGGUAACCAUGGCAUAAGAACAUCCCAAAGAAUUAUUUGCAUUUUAAAUUUUAGGCCUGUAAUGCACUAAUGCUCUCAAGGGCUCUGAUUCUUAUAUAUCUGGGUAGCACAUAUAGAGAUUUCUACUCUUCAUAGAAGAAACUUGCUCCUCCACACUUGCCAGGCAGAUGUCAGGCCAAAAAGAGGGCAAAGAGGAAAACCCGUGUUCUAAAAUGUGUAAGAAUUCCUUCCAAAGUGGCAGACCCUUGCUUGUAAAAUGCAUAUGGAUUCUAGCUUCUGUUUUAGUCAUUUAAGGCAUGGUCAGAAUUGAUGGUUAUUAUUUCUGAUUCUGUAAGAGUUCUUACUCACAGGCCUAUACUCAUCAUUUGAGAUGUCCUGAGUAUUUCCUUGUAACUGCUCAGAAUCUGCAAAAUGUAAAUAAAACCAGUGAAUAAAGCUCAGCACCACAAAAGGUGCCUCUUGCAGAAUGCAACCCAACUUCACCUUUAGUACAUGUGCGCUCUGGAUUAUUUUAA